GAUAUUUAUUUACCUGCAAAUAUUUGCUUUGUUUUGUUUACAUCAUUCUCUAAUCUGUAGACAACACUCAAUUGAUAUUUACCUGAAAAUAUUUACUUUUUAAGAUUUGUACCUUAUCAACCGAAUUUGCUUAAAAUGCAUUUAAAUAGUUAUAUAUAAUCAGAUUCAAUAAAAUUUACGCGAAAUGUAUCACUAUCAAAAUCAUCCCUAUUACCAAGAUCAUUCUUAUCAAAAUAACCAACAAUGCACAAGUUUUCAGCAAGAGAAAUCACAAAACGGUUCAUCCUCCAUUCAACAUAAUGUAUAUACAGUUUUAGAAAAUGUGCCUACGUCCCAAGACUAUACCACUACUGUAAAUAAAAAUAAAAGUGAAGUUCCUCCAAAAGAAAAAUCAAAAUUAUACACCAAAAAAUCUGUAGUAGAUACUUCUAAUUUUACUAUCGAGGAAAGAUUAGUUGCAGCGGUUUGGGUGCAUGAGAGAAAACGGUCAAAAACCACAUUAGGACAUAUAAAAAAAGAAUUUCGCCAGAGAUUUGGCCGAGAACCACCGGCAAAAAACACAUUACUAGCAUGGGAGCGCAAGCUGUUCACACUUGGCAGUGUACAUGAUGCACCGCGACCGGGACGGCCUAUAAAUCGUCGAAUUAAAAUUGAGGAAGUGGCAGCGUCAGUGCGGUCAGCGCCGUCCUUGUCGCUGCGGGAGCGCGCGGUGGCGCUGCGGCUGUCCCGCACGACUCUGCACACCAUCCUGCACAAGGACUUGCAGCAUACCCUCCCCACGAGUAAGGAUGAACCACUUGGCACGACUAAGACCACACGAAAACAAAUAAAGAAAAGAAGGGCGAAAACAGAAAAUAUAAAAAAGCCACAAGCUACUGCAGCGCAGUACGAUAACUCGGCCUUCGCACAACCUGCCGCGGUCUCUAGCACUCCGUCUGCACAUUUGCUCGCUACACAUGGCUUCACAUAGUUUUUUUUAAAGGAAUUUAACACAAUUACUAAAUAUAGACCGUUAACUUCGUGCGUCGUUCCUGCGGGGCGAUAUACGGCACGAGGGACGCUUUUCAACCGACUUUUAAAAAAAGGAAGUUCUCAAUUUGAUGUUUUUUUACCACAAUUGUUUUGAUGUUUUGCCACAAUUGAAGUCGGUUUUUUUUAUGGAACAUAAUUAUACAUAUCCCUCCGAGUACUUGUUCGGGAGUGUUGCGCUUAAUAUUGCCAUAUACAAUUAUGUGAUGUUAGGAUAAACAAUUUAUAAUAAAGUUAUAAACAAAUC